AUGGACCCCAUCCUCGAUGGCCUCAAUUCUGCCCAACGUCAGGCAGUGACUUCUCCUAAUUCUAUUCUUCAGGUGCUCGCGCCACCCGGUUCCGGAAAGACUAAGACGUUGACGGCACGCGUCGCGUACGUUUUAUCACACCAUGGAUAUUCACCACAAGAUGUUAUCUGUUGUACUUUCACCAUUAAAGCUAGCCGGGAGAUGCGGGAACGUCUCUCGAAGCUGGUUGGAGAGCGUGUACAGUCUCGUUUGAUUUUGGGAACUUUUCAUUCGAUCUGUCGGCGGUACUUGUGCAAGUAUGGUUAUCUGAUUGGGUUGAAGAAGGGAUUCGGAAUUGCGGAUUCAGAUGAUAGUCGGGGAAUUCUUCGACGAAUUAUCAAAAAGUUGAACGCCAGUAUCGAGAUCAGAGCUGCACAGGGACGAAUUUCCCGGCAUAAGGCUCAUGGACUUUCACCAGAUGACCUGGCUGAACGGGUGAAAGCCGAUGAAUUGGAAUUGGUCGAUAUUUAUCGCCAAUACGAAUCUGCGCUUGCAGCAUCCAAUCUCUUGGACUACGACGAUCUUCUCGUACGAUGUGUUCAGCUUCUGAGAGAGCAUCCGGAUUGUGUGUCAAAUGUACAGACUGUGCUUGUGGAUGAGUUCCAGGAUACGAAUAUCAUACAGUACGAUCUGAUGAACCUGUUCGCGGCAAAGAACCGGCGCAUCACGAUCGUCGGUGACCCCAAUCAAAGUAUCUAUGGUUUCCGAUCGGCUGAAGUUCAGAACCUCAAGCGCAUGCAAAAGCGAUACCCGAAUACAACGAUUGUGCUUUUGGAAUCAAAUUAUCGCUCUUCGGCCUCGAUCUUGAGCUCGGCUCAGGAUGUUAUCGAACAAGACACUACUCGUCCGGCUAAGAAAUUGCAGCCAACUCAUUCUCAUGGAACUAUGCCGGUUUUGCGAAAACUUCCUACUGCAAAUGCCGAAGCUCAUUGGAUGGUGCUUGAGAUUAAAAGAUGUGUUGCCAUGAUGGGCGGUGUUCUGGGAAUGUCGGAUUUUGCGGUCUUGCUCCGAUCAGCCUCAUUAUCGACCCGUAUUGAGACAGCGUUCGGACGCGCAGGAAUUCCGUACAAGAUGGUUGGCGGUCGCAAAUUCUUCGAUCGCACCGAGGUGAAGACUUUGAUCAACUACUUAAGAGUUGUUAGCCAUACUGGUCAUACUGAUGCUCUGCUUGCCAUCAUCAAUGUUCCACCACGCCGAAUCGGCGAGGAGACAAUCCGACAGUUGACGACUGGCGCUGAGAAGGCCAAGAUUACUCUCUGGGAAUUCAUAAAAGAUGUUAUUCAAGGUCGCCGAUCUACCGAGAAGAAGUUACAGAAGGCAGCGGAGCUGGGACUCUGUGCACUGUUAAAGUUAGUCGAGGCCUCUAGACAAAAGCUACAAGAGUGCGAAGAUCCUUCCGCGCCGUAUGUGCUCCUUGAGUACAUCACUGAAAGCCUUUCGUUUCAGGAUUAUCUCAUCAAAACAUACCCUUUAGAUGAAGACAGUCGCUGGGCGAAUGUCAGAGAGCUGAUGGGCCAAGCUAAUGAGACUGCAAUCUCAAGUGGAGAUCCGGGUCAGGAGGAAGAGCUUCCUGAGAUAGAAGGCAUCGAGCAAGAACAAGUUCAUGUCGGAGAAGAAACUCUCUCGCGAUUUUUAGCUAAUGUGGCCCUUGCGACCGAGGCAGCAACUCAAGAUGAGGGCGAGAAAGUCACGGAGAAAGUUACUAUCUCCACUAUCCAUGCCGCCAAAGGUCUUGAGUGGCCGGUUGUUUUCAUCCCGGCUGUAUACAAUGGUAGCAUUCCACAUUCUCGAGCAGAGGUAGUUGAUGAAGAGAGACGACUACUUUACGUUGCUAUGACCAGAGCCCAAGCUUUGCUAUAUCUCAGCCUUCCUCUGCGACAGCCUCGACUGGGCGAAGGAGAUGAUUCAUCUACCACAUUGACCUCAUUUCUUCCUCCCAAACUGACCAAAACUCGCUUUCGUCCGCUGGGCCCUCAAUUGUUGGAAAAAGUAGUUUACUCAAUUGCAGACAUCCUCGGAAGACCUCGUCCCGCUGCAGAGGAAUUAUACAAAGAACUACACUCCCUUCCAUCAACACUUGAUGACCAGUGGACAACCGAGGGCGAAGAGAAGGAUAAAGGGGCUGCUACAGGAUGGAAGGGAUCUGUUGAGCCUCAUGACUCAGAGCAGCCCAAUCCUAAAAGGCGCCGCUCUGACAUCAACCAGCCAACCACCACUACGUACAUGACUGCAGGUAUGCAGAGCAUGGGGACCUCGUCCAAUUUCAUGGUCCCCACGACACUCAGCUCCGGUUUCACCUCUGCUCGUGACUACAUCACAGCCAACCCGGCUGCUAGUCAGCCGACACAGGCAGAAACCACAUCCAAGGCUGCAACUGAAACUACAUCGGUCAGCCAGACCAAGAAAGCCGGGCGUAAAGAUGGGCUAAGCCAAGCCAGCAUCUCGAACUUUUUCGGCGGGCCGGGAUCCUCCCAGAAGAAGCAAUCCGCCACAACUAGUCAUGCAGCAACACCAACUCAACCGGUUGCGCCAGUCCGACGAAACAAUCAUCUGACAGGCAACAACAACCCCCGGCCGGGCCCGUCAAGCAUUGUCCCCGCGCCACUCUCUUCUCAUCGUCUGCAGCCGCGACCUCUCCAACCUACGCGACCUUCUUUGGAGCCUACCGAACCUAACAAUUACACGUGGCUGGCGGCUCCAUCGAGGCCCACGGUGAAACCCGCUCGGAAGAUGACCCAGCCUCUGAAUGGAAACAACACAGCGGACGCAGGGACUGGGUCGCAAGAGAUGAAACCAGGGAACUCCACCGGCACUAUUGAGUCUGUCACAUUUCAUACGACAACAAUGUCGAUGCUUCGUCAGCAGGCUUCAGUAUCGGGGCGACGGACAUUGGGUAUCCGGCGGAGUAUGAAUGGAUGGGAGGAGCGGAUGAAACGCGAGGGUGGUGGAGGCCCA